AUGUGGAGGCUUGUGGUGGCGCUUUUGCUGGUGCGGUUCAGCGUGGCCAACUAUUCGGAUGACUACGCCAGAAAGUAUCUCUACCCCCUCUCGGCCGCUGCUUUCAACAACACUGAGAAAUGCGUGCAGAACAUCCUUCCCGACGGCCAGAUGAAGCGAAGCGUCGUCGUCCAGUGCGACUUGCAAGAUGGCUGCUCUGGUUUUACCGCCAUUUCCCCGGCGCAGACUACGAUUUUUGUCGUAUUCAGGGGAAGUAUGGAAAAUCAGGUUGAGUGGGAAGUGGUCGACACGGUCUUCGAGAAAAUGGUCGCUUUCCCGGGUGGAGGGCUGGUCAAUGCGUAUUUUUACAAUGCUUUCCUGAAAGUCUGGAAUGGAGGCAUCAAGGAUGAUUUCCUAACGCUACGCAGCAUGUACCCAAAAUACCAAGUCGUGCUCACCGGACAUUCGCUGGGUGCCGCCAUGGCCGCACUUUGCGCCGGAUUUUUGGCCAAUAAUGGAUUAGUGCCAGCCCCACAGAUUAAUUUGGUCGAUUUCGGAGAGCCGCGGACCGGAAACCCAGUCUGGGCCGCGCAGAUGGAUCAGCUGUUUCCAACGGCUUUCCGGGUCAUCCACGACGAUGACAUUGUGCCGCAUGUCCCGUUCCUAAAUAUGGGCUACCAGCAUCAUGAGACCGAGAUCUGGUACAAAAAUGACAUGAGCGAGCCGGCAUACACAGUUUGCAAUGGGGAUGAGGAUAAGCAAUGCUCCGGCGGUCACUUGGAGCUGAACUUCUCUGCCCACAUGAUGUACUUCAACCGCCAGAUCCGGCAAUUCGCAGACAACAAUUGUGUCUAC